CGCGCACGCGCAGCGGAGGGCGGCGCGGGCGGCAUGGGGACUGCGGCGGCGGCUGCGGCGGCCGGGGAGGGGGCGCGCGGCCCGAGCCCCGCCGCCGUGUCGCUCGGCCUGGGCGUGGCUGUGGUGUCGAGCCUAGUGAACGGGUCCACGUUCGUGCUGCAGAAGAAGGGCAUUGUGCGCGCUAAAAGGCGAGGUACUUCCUACUUAACAGACAUCGUGUGGUGGGCUGGCACCAUUGCAAUGGCUGUUGGCCAGAUUGGAAACUUCCUAGCUUACACUGCGGUCCCUACGGUCCUGGUGACUCCUUUAGGUGCCCUUGGAGUGCCGUUUGGGUCCAUUUUAGCUUCUUACCUUCUGAAGGAGAAGCUCAACAUCUUGGGCAAGUUGGGGUGUCUGCUAAGCUGCGCAGGGUCUGUCGUGCUGAUCAUUCAUUCCCCCAAGUCCGAGAGCGUGACCACUCAGGCUGAGCUGGAGGAGAAGCUGACCAAUCCAGUGUUUGUGGGCUACCUGUGCAUUGUGCUGCUCAUGCUGCUGCUGUUGAUCUUCUGGAUUGCACCAGCCCACGGGCCCACCAACAUCAUGGUCUACAUCAGCAUCUGCUCCUUGCUGGGGAGUUUCACUGUGCCUUCCACCAAGGGCAUUGGGUUGGCAGCCCAAGACAUCUUGCACAACAAUCCGUCCAGUCAGAGAGCCCUCUGCCUGUGCCUGGUGCUCCUGGCUGUCCUGGGCUGCAGCAUCAUUGUCCAAUUCAGGUACAUCAACAAGGCCCUGGAGUGCUUCGACUCCUCUGUGUUUGGGGCCAUCUACUACGUUGUGUUUACCACGCUGGUCCUGCUGGCUUCAGCCAUCCUCUUCCGGGAGUGGAGCAAUGUGGGCCUGGUGGACUUCUUGGGCAUGGCCUGUGGAUUUACAACUGUCUCCGUGGGAAUUGUCCUUAUACAAGUGUUCAAAGAAUUCAACUUCAACCUUGGGGAGAUGAACAAAUCCAAUAUGAAAACAGACUAAGAUGCACCAACAGGUGGGGGCUUGAGGAACAGGCAUUGCAGGGCUCUGUGGUUCUUACUAUGUAUGUCAAGUAGAAGAGACUCUCGGCGAGAGUUGCCUAUAUACUAAUAGUGGACAAUAGGCUUUGCAACAGGGUGAGGUCCAGACCUCUGCAGCACAGAGCUCCCAAUGGUUGUUUGGGUGUAAACUCUCUCUGAUGAGACAAAUUCUGUUUUCAUUUCCAUUAACCUAGAAGCUUUUAUUAAUUACUUGUUUAAAACAUUUUAACAUGAUUUACCAGAAAAUAAGGAUGAGGUCUUUCUAGUUAGUCUUUGUAGAGGAGAUGUUCUUAGAGUACCUUGGAAAAGGAAGUGAAAUCUGGCUCUGUAAAGUAAACGUGAGUGACCUUCGUACUUGUGUUAAGCAUGUGUAGCAUUCAGGUAUUUUACUCAAAUAAGUGGUAUGUGAAUCAAAUUGUUUGUAGUCCUUUAACAACCUGACUCUCCUACACGUACCCCAAAGCCGAGGGAAGCAGAGAGAGAAGAGUUCAUGACAGUGAUGCAGAGUUCUAUAGACAGGGUGACUUUCCGAUAGCUCAAAUCAAUUUUAGUGCCUUUAUGAUUUGAAUUAUUCACUUAAUUUAACUAUUACUGUGUAUAUGUUAACUGUUCUAAAAAAUACUAUGUUCAGUGGAAGAUAGUGAAAAGUAAAGAUACAGAAAACUUUGAAAAGUGACCCAUUUGUAUAUUGUCCAAUUAAGGACAACUAAUUAAGAAAGAAGAGAUAUUUAAUUUCCAUUUAACCUCUGUUACUUGGAUCCAUUAUGAAAAACAUCUGCUUUCUGUUUCAGGCAGUAUUGUGUCCAUUCAAAAGAAAUAAACUAUUUAACUUGACACUAAAAUUGUUACAUUAGAGAAUGUCUCUUUAGUGCACACUACAGGAGUUUAGUAAAAGCACCUCAAUAUGAGAACACAACUUAGGACUGUUUCUAAGAAGUGUGAUGUGUACUUUCUAAGACAGUCUCUAGCAAAGAUGAAAACAAUUUAGCUUUCUCAUUUAAAAUGAUAGAACUUUCUAAACUUUCUUACUGAGCCUCUUACUAAACCAUUUGACUGUAUGCAAGGCCCUGAACUUGAUAACCAGCAUCAAAAAGAAACAACAAAACAAAACAAUCUACUUAUAUGGAAAACAGUUGUUAAUCAUGCACUAUUUUAGAUCAGAAAUGAUCCUUCUAUCCAUAGUAACCCUCCUGUGCAUUAAAAUUGGAGCAAGAUACAAGGUGACACAAUAUAGUUUCAUAUUAUGAUAUACCAUAUUUUGAUGUUAUAUGUUUUAACCUGCUUUGUUUUAUCUGAAUAGAAUAGGUCAAGUUAAAAAAAAUGGGGUUGGAUAAAUAAGUUAUGUGAGGUAGAACAUGAAUUUUAAUAAUACCCAAUUAAACUUCUCACUAGGACAAAAUUGUGCUUUUCCAGAUAGAAAGGUCAUUUUUAAAGUAAAGACCCAAAGAAUAGCCGGAUGUUGGUGGCAUAUGCUUUUAAUCUCCAGAGGCAUACAAGCCUCUGAGUUUGAGACCAGCAUGGUUUACAGAACAAGUUCUAGGACAGCCAGGACUACACAGAGAAACCCUGUCUCAAACCUGCCCUCUGCCCCCAAAGACCCAAAUAUAGUUCACUGAACUUUAGAAAAAAACAGUAAGUAAAAUACUAGUUUAGCAUAAAGGAAUCUAGUUUUCUGGCCAUUUGUCAGACUCAAUAAAUUAAAAGUAUGAAUGAUAAUCUUGGUGUAUGGGUCAGUAAUUUAUGAAGAACAGAAACAAGGUGACUUAAACAACUGAAAACCUUGCAUAAAGCAGUAGUUAGUAAAUGUUCAAGUUCAUUCUUCUUUGUAUCAGCUCUUGAAUUUUUUUAAUCAUUAGUAUCUUUAUGACUAUAAAACUUAAUUUAUUGACUAGAACGUAAGUGGAAAGUGUUAUGCAACCAGAUCAGUAUCAUUUUAAUGCAAAGGUCUCUGAGUUAAGGAUAUAGCUAUACUAGUACAGUGAAGAAAUUUAUAAUGUGCAAAUUACCUCGUUCAUUUUUGCUACUUACCAUGGAGCUUAGUUUAAAUGCACAAUUACACCAUGAGUAUCCAAAGGCUAAUAUUUUGUGUAUCAAACAAAAUUUUAUAGUAUUAAUACUUCUCCUAACAUUCUGGAACAGCCAGAUCACCCAGAUUUACAUAUGGUCAGCAGAUUGCUUCAGUAGGUUUCAUGCUUUUGUUCUGGAAGAACAAGUUAUCACUCACUGUUAACUUCCAAAUAACAAUCGUGAAUAGGGCCUAAUUUUCAAUGUAGUGCACGUGGAUGUAUUCUUACUUUUACUAAUUCAGUUUUCACAAUUCACAUGGAAAUGCAAAAGAAAUUAAAAAUUCCCAAGUCAGAGCUCUGGGGGAAAACCUAGAAUGCAAAAGAAUCUCUUAGUGUUCUCUCUAAAAGUGAGUGCAUAAAGAAACACUUUCAUUAUGAUAUAGUUUGGGUUUCCCUUCUGAUAAAACUUAAGAAAACGUGCCUAUUAUGUACUUCUCCCCAAGUCUUUAAAAUCAUCAAAAUAAAAAAUUUUGGAACAACUUAGGAAACUACACUUGGAAGACAUUUAGAACAUUUCUCUCCUUUUCUUCUUGGACGGAAAAUAUCUUACUCAGUAAAUAUCUUUAUAUUUGAAAAGGCUGUUUCCUGUUGUUAAGUAUUGAUUAAGUAUAAGAUCAGUUAGGGAUUCCUGCUGGAACCCAGAUCCAGGAUACCAUGUGGAACACUAUUCUGGUCUGCAUAAAGGGUGUGUGUGUGUGUGGGGUGGUUCUAGAGGAGGAAGAGAGGAGGAAGACAUAACUGCCCACACUGGGACCUUUGGAGAGGAACUGCUUUUCCAGCGUCCCUGCCGAUCACUGAGACCAUCAGUAUAGUCUUUUAUAUUAGGAUAUCAAUAAAAUAUACUUUGCUGCUCUUUGUUCAACUAUUAGAUUCUAUUUCUACUGUUUAAGCCAUUUUGUUCUGCUUAAUUUUAUUUAGUAAAUAAUCACAGAAAUA